GUUUUGACAGAUGUAAGCUUACAUUGCGAAAAAUGGUGGAAAACAUGGCGAAAAAAACAUAUAGCGAAAAACCAAGCAAAGCAACAAAUUGUCAAAACCCACCAGCCAACCAACCAACCAAGCCAAUCUCAAGGAAAAUUUUGAGGAAAAAAUCUGCAUAUUCAAGAAAAGGAAAUUAAAACUUGGACCAACAUAAGUCAGGGAUAGGGAAAUUGGAAAGGAAGUUCGGAGAAAAAAAACAAACAUUUCAAUGGAGUAUUGCGACAAUCUACCGGAAGAAUUGGACGAUGAGACCUGCGAUGAGGAAAAAUCAGCAAGGACCUCAGAUGAAAAUCGCAAGCAAAAUCACAGUGAAAUCGAAAAAAGGCGCAGGGACAAAAUGAACACCUACAUCAAUGAGCUGUCUGCCAUGAUACCCAUGUGCUAUGCCAUGCAUCGUAAACUGGACAAGUUAACAGUACUGCGAAUGGCUGUACAACAUUUACGUAGCAUACGUGGUGCUGUCCAUGCCUACAGUGGAGCCGAUGGCAAACCAACAUUUCUCUCAGAUCAAGAAUUGAAAAUGCUCAUACUGCAGGCAGCCGAAGGAUUUCUAUUUGUGGUCGGUUGUGAUCGUGGGCGUAUACUUUAUGUCUCAGAAUCUGUAUCGAAGGUUUUGAAUUAUACACAAACCGAUUUGUUGGGUCAGAGUUGGUUUGAUGUGCUGCAUCCGAAGGAUGUGGCCAAGGUAAAGGAACAACUCUCCUCACUGGAUCCCUGUCCCAGGGAGAGACUAAUAGAUGCCAAAACCAUGCUGCCAGUCAAAGCCGAUAUACCCCAGAGUUUAUGUCGCCUGUGUCCGGGUGCGCGCAGAUCAUUUUUCUGUCGCAUGAAACUGAAAGCCGCCCUCAACAACAAUCAAAUCAAAGAGGAAUCUGACACCUCAUCCAGUUCGCGCAGUUCAACAAAACGGAAAUCGAAAUUGAGCAUGGAUGACAAAUAUCGUGUUAUACAAUGCACCGGUUACUUAAAGUCCUGGACACCCAUAAAGGAGGAAAAUCACGAUGGCGACAGCGACGAUCAAAUCACCAACAAUAUGUCUUGUUUGGUGGCCAUCGGACGUAUACCCUCAAAUGUUUUAGAAGAUCAAAUACCCACCUCAUUGGAUCAUCAUCCGAACAUAAGGCAUGUUAAAUUUUUAUCGCGGCAUUCCGUGGAUGGUAAAUUCCUGUUUAUAGAUCAAAGAGCCACCUUGGCGGUGGGUUUCCUGCCCCAAGAAAUAUUGGGCAGUAGUUUCUAUGAGUACUUUCAUCCCGAAGAUAUACCCGCCUUGGCUGAGUCACAUAAACUGGUCUUACAAGUAGCCGAAAAAGUCACCACCCAGGUGUAUCGAUUUCGUUGUAAGGACAACAGCUUUAUUCAGCUUCAAAGUGAAUGGCGUGCAUUUAAAAAUCCCUGGACAACAGAGAUUGAAUAUAUUAUGGCUAAGAAUUCGGUAUUUUUCUAAUGUAUGAUUUUUUCCAUUCCUCCUUGUCGUCUCUCUGCCCCACCUACCCCCAAUUAUUUACUGAGAACAGAAAUAAAAAAUAUGAUGAAAAAAAUACAA